CACGUUCUCAAGUUGACAGUCGUGCUUAUGAAAUUGUUAAGUCUACAUCGGAUUAAACGAAGUGUAAGAUACAGUGUAGUUUAAAUGAAGAGCUAAUCUUAAAGAAGACAGUCAAAAAUUUAUAUACAUAACAAAGAGCUCAAUACCCUCACUGGAAGAUAUGGAUUCUAGCGUAUCAAUAUUCUACGUUAGUGACGGUUAUAACUGGUCUGAUUACCUCUUUAAAAAAUUACACUCCAAAGAGUAUGAAAUAACUUGUGAACAAAUUCAAUUUAACAAAAGGUCGGAACACAGUCUACAGUCUUCAGUGCUAAAUGUGUUCUUUGUCACGCCGGAUUUUCUAGAAAAUCAGGACUGGAAAUGGGCUAAUAGUGUUGAUACAAACAAAUGCAUUCUGGUGUUGACAGGAACAGAACAAGAGGAUUUAGAGGAAUCGGCAAAACAUUAUAAAUUCGACCAUGUGAACGAUUUCUUUAUCUUUCAAUUGAAGGAAACGGAGGAUUCGGUUCGAGAUCUUUUAAUAUUUAUCAUAACAAAAUAUGAAGAUAAUGACCCCCAUCAGUCAGGGGUCAUGUCCGAGUCCCCUCAGUCCCAGCACUCUCCACAUUUGCAUCAUAUAGGAAGUGAGCCCAGAGACUUUAGAUACCAUGAAAGACUCUCUCUUAAAUCCAAUGAAAGAACUAGCAACAAUAUGCGAGGUUCGCCAAAUGUUUUAAGAAAGACGUUAAGUGAAGAUGAUGGUAAUUACGAUAAACUUCCAAAUUUACAGCGUCAAGUAAAUGGUUUACGAGAUGUGAUUUACAAGGAUGGCAAGUUGUACUUCCUAUUGUGGAGACAAGCGGAGGGCUCGUUGAAAGUCAAACUUGGUAACAAAGAGUUAUUACCUGAUGAUACCCACUGUGCUGUGUACGAACUUGAGUAUGAAGGAAAGAAAUCUACAAAUGUGUCGGUCAUUCAAGACGGAACCAUGAUAGGUGAACAACUGGUUCAAAUAUCGUCUGCUACAGAUCGCAUGGAAUCGUCUGUAUUUGAAAGCACCAACAUAUCUAAGGCCCCUGCGCGAGCAGUGGGUAUAUCAAUAGCGACACAGACAGAUGAAUUAGACGUUAAAGACGGUAGAACUGUAAUUUCAAAAUCUCACGAAAAAUCACGUGCGUCGUUAUAUGUAAAUAUUGACGACGUUUCCAGAGAAGACCAUGCUUUUCCGGAAAUGAGUCGCACAAAUAAACUAGAAUAUAUUCGUAAAAUCUUAGCAGACGAGACGGACCCUGAAGAAAUGCUUUGUCAAUGUCUAGGAAUAAAUAAAGGAGUUAAACAUCUGGACGAAAAGAUGACUUCAAUGGUGCAGUGUGUCGAGACGCUCAGGCAUUUAUCAUUCUCCGGCACAGAGAAGACUUCACAUGAAAACAAAAGUUCCGCUUGGCCAACGCUUGUUCACUUUGGCGCCCAAUUUAAUCUUACCAGCUUCUGCGAAGCGUUGCUAUGCAACCCGCUUAUGUACGGCGCAUGCGUAACAACGAAUAAAGAUGGUCACAUGCCUCAUGAUAUUGCACGAAUUCACGGUCACACAGAGCUAGCAGACAUGUUGAAACAUUUCUCUGAAUUCGUAAAAGCAGAAAAGGAACGUGAUAGCGGAAUAUCUGUGCCACCUGGCUACCCGAGACUUUCAACCAUUAUAGGGGACAAUCCCCCACCCCCUGCACCUCAUCCCAGACAUUAUAGUGACAGUAAUUAUAUUGACAUGAGUGUGGGAAACAUCCGUUCUGAAUUUAAUGAAAAAGGGGAUGGAAAACUACGCCAGCAUUCUCUGAAAAAGCCCAGGGAAAACUCGCAUGAUGGUGGAUUUUGCGGUUCGGUGGAGGUUUCGAGUGACGAUGAUGAGUAUCUACCUAUGUCACCAAAGAUGUCGCCAUUAGCGGCAGAAAAUUAUAAAAAAUCCGAUUUGAUGUCAUCUCGUAAUUCAUCGAGUUCAUCCUUAAUGUCCAAACGUUCCUUUGACCUUGAUCCAGAGAGAAGAACGCUGUUAGGAACGGAUGAUGAAACUGAUAUACACGUGGAGCAUCAUAGAAAAGACGUGGUUCACAUGCUCGGCAUGGCUGAACCCCCUGUUUCUCCAGAAGAGCAUAAAAAGCCAAAGAAAAAUUCAAAGUUGAAAAAGUUGUUUUUCGGAAAGAAAAACAGAAGUUUGUCAGAACCGUCUAUUCUUAGUAACGAGGCUAUUUCUGUCAAAAGAAACUUGAGUGCAAAGUCGUACUACAGAGAUUCAGCACGAUCAAGUUCAAGCACAGCCUCGACGUAUUCUGAUACUUCAAUGAAAGAGGACGAUGGUUCUGAGGUUCAGCUGAGAGAAGAUAAAAAAGGUGGAAUAAAGAUUAAAGGUUUUCUAAAGAAAGCAAAGAAACGGCAAUCAUUGCGUGUCAAACAAGCAAUGGCAGAUAAUCAGAUAAAUUUACCUGCAUUACCACCACGCAGUGAAGUUUUUUCUGGACGGAGUAAAGCUUUCUCGGAACAAAAUGAAAUGUUCUAGAUAAAUUUGAUGAAAAUUUACCGAUCUUCUGGAUACAGUUUCCUGGACAUCUCAUGAUAACUUUUUUAACGUAAGAAUGAUAAUUGGAAUGGUUGAUUGAUUGACAUCUUCAAGUGUGUAAAGACGACUAGAUCGCAGGAUCUAAACAUAUCGUAAGAGUCAGAAAUGAGACUAUUUUCUGAGACCAGCUAUGAUUUGUGCAAGUUGCUGGUGACAAAGGAUAUAUAUUUAUUAUUGCACAAAGUGACAAAGUAAAUAAACACAUUGUUUUAAUUUAUUGUAAAUAAGGGAACCUACUAAAAUAGUGUGUAUAAAACUUCUCAUUUAGAUCUAUUUAUUUAUUUAUAAAUUCUUAAUUCAUAAUCAAAGGAAGAAGAAAGACACCACAACCUUGUCAAAGACUUGGUAUUUUCUAUUAUUUGAUUGAGUUGUGAAUACGGAUUUAUGGGUUUAUAUACGAGUCGUAUAAACGUUCUCCAUAAUAAAGUCAUUAAUGUUGUAAAUAAUCAUUCUAAGGUUUUAUGUGUUUUAUGUUUCAAUUCAUCUCAAGGUUAGUGGAUCAUCUUUAUUCACUGUUUACUUCAGUAAAAUUUGUGCAAUAAAAGUGUUGUACAUAUACAUGUAAUAAUGUUUACAUGUACAAAUUGAUAAUUGGUUGGUACAUUGUAUUUGACAGCUAAAAAACAACUGUUUUGACUAUGGUUUGAAAAAAGUAUGUACAUAAAUAUACAGCCACACUGGUGGGACAUAAUUAUGUAAAUAAUCUUUACCUGUAUAUAUCAGUUUUCUUGUGGCAUUUAUGAGUGAAGCCAGACGUACUCUAUAAAAAAACUGUGUUUUUACAUACAUUUGUAUUUGGUUACCCGAAUUUGCAUUUAUGUUUUUUUUCAGGGUUUCAUUUGGCAAGGACUUUCACUAUGCAUUUAGUAAUGUAAUUUGAAUGUAUCAGAUGAUAUGCAGUGCUUUAAUGCAACAAUCGUAUUUGAUGAAGCUAUUUCCAGUAUUAUAGUUAGAUCAUUUUAUCAAACAAGACAUGUGAUAGUCUUAAUACAACCUUCAUAAAAUUGUAGAUAAAAUAUUAUCAUUUAUAUGUUUAUAUAUUGAUGUGUGCAUUUAUUUCCAUUUCAACAUUCAUGUCCAUCAUGUUUUGUUACUAGUAUAUGAAACACUAACGUGCUACUAUAGGACUUGUAAAUCGGUCUGUCAAUAUAAAACUUCAAAGUGUCUUUAACUAACAUUUUCCCAGUCACCAUAAUUUAUGUAGUGGACACAUUCUGCUUUAAAAGGAUUGUCUAUCCAUUGCUUAGUUAAAGGUUAUCAAAAUACUAAAUACUAAUACCGGAAUUAUUCUUAUGGCGUUGUCAUACUAUUAUUUGUUACAGUUACCCACACAGAAUGUGUACCAUGAACAUGGCUUUGUUCAUGUUCUGUAUACAUGUCAUUGCAAUAAUAUUAAUAUUAAACCAUUCCGUUGAUAUAAAAUGCAUGCUUUUUUGUUAAGAUGUACUAAUUAUUAUUAUUUUUCUACAAAUAAAUAUGUAAAAAAUUAAA